CUGGAUCACUUAGUUUUAAAUGCGAUUUAAUUGGCAUUGAGAGAAAUCGCUAAUGACCUUGACUGUUUCUGACCUUGGUCGAAAUCAGAUAAUCACUUUUUACCUGAUACGCAAGACUGACAAUUGACUUCAAGUAACGAAUGUGAAGGGCUGUUGUCAGUAUUUAAAAGGUCUGGACCACCCCAGUUAUCACUUCAUACGACUAACCGCUACAGACGCACCAAUGUUGCUCUCUACAAACCUUGCAGACGCGAUGGAAGGAACAGAUUCCAAGAGUGCCGUCUAUGACUUCAUCUCUGGGAACACAACUUUAUUAAAUUGCGUGCUUCUACUUCUGACCGUUCUAGUGUUGUAUCUUUUAUACGAGAUAAACAAGUCUCCGAGUCGUGCACCUCCCACCAUAUGGGGCUUGCCAUUAAUCGGUAACCUUCUUCAACUUGGUCCAGCUCCUCAUUUGGGACUCACCAAGAUUGGCAAAAACCUUGGAGAAGUUUUUUCUCUUCGGCUUGGUUCUUGGGACGUUUUGGUCAUCAACAGUCUCAACGCAGCCAAGGACGCAUUUGUCGAAAAUUCAGCACACUUUUCUAGCCGUCCACCAUUCGAUUCCCUGCGUUUAGGUGGCGCUCAUUUGUACUCUGUUUCUUUUGGAGACUACAAUCCACUACAGAUUCAGAGAAAGAAAGCAUUAUUAAAGGUUUUCCACCAAGCAAUCUUGACAAAUCCCGACCACUUGAAUCACAUUCUCUUGCUAGAGACAGCCCGCAUGAAAAAACGACUCCAAGAAACACAAGCCUCUCUCUUUGAUCCAAGAGAAACCUUGAAACUGGUUGUGAGUCGCUUGGUGUUUCGCCUUACUUUUGGUGGUCCUGUUGGCGAGGAGGAAGAGAAUGGCUUGACGAACCUUUUCGAGCAAGCUCGAAAAUUCCAAAAGGAAGCCAAUAUUGGAAUUCUGGCAGACUUUAUGCCGUGGCUUAGGUUUGCGCUCAAAGGACCAGUUUCUAAGAUGGUAAACACAGUGGCAGUUCUAGUGGGUUUCGUACGAAAGUCCUACAGACAACGGAAAGAAAAUUACAAGUCUGAAGAUGCAGAAUUUUGCGUAGCACGAGCCAUAACAGCAUACGUUGCUUCGGAGAGGCGACAGUUAGCGAAGAAAACUAAAGGAAAGUCUUCCAGAUUAACAACUUUGGGAGAAGAAACUGCAAGACAAGGCGGCAAAGUUGAUGCUAGUUUAGGAAAAGAGGAAGAACGGCCUGAAGAUUUAGAGCGAAGAGAAGAAGAAGAAGAAGAAGAUGAAGAUGAUGCCAUUGAAAAUCAAGUGGUGACCAUGUUGUCUCCUGAUGUAAUCGGCGCUGGAACUGAGAACAUAGCAUCUACUUUCUCCUGGGCUUUGGCCUUCAUAUCAAGCUACGAGGAACUUCAAAGAGACCUUCACGACGAGAUAGACACAGUCAUUGGCAAGAAUCGUGAGCCCAGAAUCCAAGACAAGCAGCGAAUGCCUCUGAUGCAAGCAACAAUCUUGGAAACUUUGCGACUGUCCUCAGCCGUCCCAAUGGGUCUUCCACACUACUGUAUCGAGGACAGUGUUGUCAAGGGUUACACCGUAGCCAAGGGAACCAUCGUUUUGACAAACAUCUGGGGUAUCAACCACGAUGACCGUCACUUCAGUCAUCCUUAUUGUUUUGAGCCAUACAGGUUUUUGGAUGCCAGUGGAAACCUCAGAGGAGAUCGGUGCAGUUUAGCCAUGACGUUCAAUAUUGGGCCACGCAGUUGUGCAGGGAAUGCAGUUACUAAGACUGUGCUGUUUUUCUUGAUUGCAAGCGUUUUACAGAAGUUUGAGGUUCGUUCUACUGAAGAUCUCACCACUUUGGAGGCAAUGCCAGGACCAGUGCGCUCUCCAGAAGCAUUUCAAUUACGGUUCUGUCCUCGUGAAUAGUGCAGCAUUGCUAUGAUCAACAACUUGAGACACGAAUAAAACAAAUAGAUGAAACUUGGCUGAAUGGAAAUGGAUGGAAAAAUAUGUGAAUUAAAACAAAACAAAACAAAACAAACAAAAAGAAAACGAAUGGAGGAAGAUGAAUGGAAAAGGGAUGUAAUCAGUGAGUAGAAAAUAAAAGGACAGAUUCUCAUGCAAACUUCAAAUGAAGUUUGGAAGAAGAGCACUUAUAAUAUGAACUUCUGAUGAGGAAACAUCAGUAAGCCAAACUUUUCUGCGCAUUUGAACGAACGCAUUAAUGAAAAAAAGCUGAAUUUAAUGUACUAUGCUUUUUAAUAACGUUUAUUGGUAGAGAUGACUUUCUUUUAAAAAUGCUUUUUACAAGACAUGACAGUGUAAUGCUCAGUUAUUUUUUAAAGUGACUUCAAUUGAUUACAAGUCUAUUAGUUAGAAGACAAGAAAUAUUUUAUUCCAGUAAUUGGUCCAAUUGACCAUGGUGUUCUUGACUAUAAGUUUUUAUGAAAACCUUGUACAGCAUCGCACAACUAAGCAAUUUCUUUAAGAAAAUGCACCAAAUUGCAUUUUGGCGUCAAUAUUUUACACCAGAUAUUUUUUAGUUUUCUUGAGAAACGAGAAUAAUACAUUGAUGUCACGUGAAUAUUUCCGCUAAUUACAUCACGUGGCAAGUCCAAAAUGGCGUAAACAUGACACGUGACUUUUUAAAAGGCAAUUUCCUGGGACCUGAGAACGAGGUUGUCGAUCAGCCAAUUACAAAGACAACAAGGGACAACAAGUGAUAUUUUUAUGACGUCAUUAUGCAAAGCUUAUAUUGGGAAAGUAUACAUAACAUUAGAAGCAUCAACCAACGUUUGUGUCACAAACACUCACAUUCUAUUUCUAUAUAAAUAAUAUAAAUAUCACCAUUGUAAUGUUUUACAUUACAUCUUCUACUUCUGUUGGCUAUACUACACACCUAUUAUUCCACAAAUAAAUAUUUAUAAUCAUGAA